AUGGCUUACACCCACGAUCCGGAAGCUGCAUCAGAGGCGGAAGCUCACGAGGCUCCGCGCCCUUCUAAGAGGAAAAGGGCUGCCCCCUCCAGCCCUUCGGCCAAACGUGCCCGCGACGUGCUCAACAUCGCAGCAACUCGCAAGGCGGAGGCGGAGAAAAAGCGCCUCAAGCUCAUCGAUACCAGCAACCGAUCCCAAACGGACAUCCAGCAGUUCUUCAGACCUUCCGGAAGUUCCGAAAACCAGCCCCCCAAGGCCUCUAAAGCCCCCAAGAAGAAGACUAAGCCGUCUCCGGCUUCCAUACCAGUCACACCAGAAGUCGGAAUUCCACCCAAGGCUGCUUCAGCCGCCAAGCCGGAUCCUAAGGACGUCAUCAACGUUGAUGACAUCCCUGAAGAUCCGGCCGCCGAGACUGCGCAAGGCGAUUCCGGCAAGGGUGCCUCCUCAUCUGCUCCUCCGCCUGAACAACCCACCGCUACUUCCGCCGAGCCAACGGCCGAACAAUACGAGCAGAAAGUGCAGCUGAUCCAUGCCACUGGCGCGUCCCAAACUUCGUCGCUGCAGAAGCUCCCCCUUUCUCAACGUCACGCGGAAAUUUCAGCCAUGAUGGAGAAAGUAUGGGGGCCUGCGGAUACAGAGAUGAAGGAGCUCUCCGACCUUGAGAGCGAACUCAAGGUCUUUUUUGCUAAGCAUAAGGAGGUGCGCCAGAGCACGCGGAAGCUGCACGAAGAUCUGCGCGUCCAUGUGCUGGAGCAGAUGACGGAAAUAGAAGGGCUGCGCCAGACUGCUGAGAGUAGUCGUCAAGCUGUGCUCCGCCUGGAGACCCGACUGAAGGAGGAAACUGACAAGCGCCCCACCAUCGAUGCCUUAUCCGCCAAGGUCCAAGUAUUGGAGGCGGAGAAUGAAACUCUGAAGAACUUCUUGAAAGAGUCCUCCGAGAAGGAAACUAAAGAAAAGAAGGAGCUCUCAGAGAAACAUUCCCGCGAGAUGGCGGAACUGGCUGACAAACUCAAGAAGAGCCAGCAAAGGGUGACCACCCUGGAGGCCAAGAACAAGAGCCAGGAGGCAGAGGCGGAAGCAGUUGACAAGUUGAUCUUCCCGAGCCUUGGCUUUGAGUGGACCAAAGAUUCAACCCUCAAAAGGACUGAGGCAUAUGAUGAAGCGCGGACCUCAAUCGAGGACCUCGUCGAAGCAUGUCGCGGAAUCGCCAAGUCCCUCAACCUGAAGAGAGCCAAGACAACGGUGAUUGACCGCAUGACGAAACUCAUGCGGAACGUGCCGGAGCUUAUCAAAGAUUGGCAGGAAUCUUCAUCUCGCGGAGUCGCUGCCCUCGUGCUAGCCACCUGCAAGGCGCACUUCCCCACCAUGAGAUUUGCAGAUGUCGCACGCGGAGUCCCCAAGGAUACCGAGGAGGAAGAAGAAGCUGCCGAGGAGGGCGAUGAGGAAGGCUCCGGGUCAAGUGAUGACCACGACGAGGAAGGCUCCGACUUCGACGACGGCGUCUCAGGCGGUGGCUCGGAUGAUGGCUCCGCCUACAUAGCUUCUGACGAAGAGCAAUCCUCCGAGAACCUGUGA